AGUUAUUCAUCGGGACGCGGCGGUGCCGGGAGCGGUGGAGGUGGAACGGGGAGGCGGCUCUCACUGGGGACCAGCGCAGCGGACUACUACUACGACCAUAGCCUGCUACCGGCACUGGGCCGGCCGUGGCGGCCCCGCGCCCCCGGCGGGGGCUCUCAAACCGCCAUAGUGUCCGGCCGGCCAGGUGUCGAGUCGGGACCGCUCCAGGACGGUAAACAGUCGAUCAGCAGCGGGCGCUAUCACGGCGACUGGGGGCCGUCACCGCCGCCCAGCCGGCGAGGGUUGAGGACCCCUGACGGCGCGGCUCACUGGAAGGCCGGCACGGGACGGCGAGUGGCGAGACGGCCAGACACAGUCCGGCCGCCGGCGGAGGUUCAGUUGGAUUUCAAAUCGGCGCGGCCAGGGCGCCCGAUCCGUGUUCAUUGUGUUGCUGCUGCCGUGGGCGGCGUUUGCUGACGCUGCGCUCUGACGGAGGUCGUCGGUGGUUACCCGUGAAGCGGCCUACUGUCCAAACAUGUCUGGAGUACAGUUCCAGCAGACACUGCGUCUGACGCGGCAGACGUCCACCGGACCAGAGAGUCCCGUCGGACGCGCCGCCCGAGACGUGGUCGACAUGGCCGACCCGGCCACCGAGCGGAUCGUGAUGACGCCGCUGCCCAAGCGGGAGAACACGUCGUCGAUCCUGAUUGAGCGCGUGGCGGCGCCGGCGGCCGACGCGGACGGCGCGGCGUCAUCAGACGUGCACGUGGCGGGCGGAGAUCACCGCGGCAUCGUGGUCAAUAAGAGCCGGAAAACAGACAUGGCCAGUUUACCACCGGCACAACUCACGCUCGAGUUCAAGGUGUUUCUGGUGAGCGCCGACACCAGCCUGCACACUCAGGAAUCGCGCACUCUCCGGUUCUGGUUCAAGGAGUACGUGCCCGAGCAGGAGCAGGCGCGCUACGCCCAGGAGUUCUUCAAGGAGCUCGUCAGUCCGCUCGACUUCCCCAGGGAUUACGUAGGCUUCAUCACCAAAAUAAUGAAGCUGAUGCAGACGAAAUACGUAGACCUGCGGCGAGUCUCUCUGGAGCUGACCCUGCUGGGCGAGUCGGUGUCGGCGCCGGUCCGGCCCAUAUCGCCGGAGGGGCACGCCAACGGCGAGGUGGAACUCACCGAGGCCAAAGUGCUGGAGAUCAUCGAACAGUCCUACCCCAACCCCGUCACCGUACAGCAGAUGGCCAAACAGACGUACCGUGCCGAGGAGGAGGUGCAGCUGCACCUGGCCGCGCUGACGGAGCGCGGCUCGGUGCGCCCGCUCGAGUCGGGCGGCUACACGCGUGUCCAGGAGAACGACACGGCGGUGACUGUGGUGAAACAGAUGCCGACCGUGGUGAGCGCCCAGCAGCCCACCAUUGCCAUCAUCACGGCCAACUACUGCGAGAAGCUCGCCGUCGACGCCAUGAUUGUCAACAAGGAGACGUUCGUCCGGUUCACCACCGUCGGCGAGUCGAACGUGUACACGCUGGGUAACAUCGGCGCGCACCGGGUGGUCUCCACCAAGCUGCCGACGGUGGGUCACACGCGUGGCGCCGUGAUAGCCGCCGGCAGCAGCACCACGCGACUGCUCGGCUGCUUCCAGGGCGUCGAGUACGUGUUCCUGGUGGGGGUCGGCGGCGGCGUGCCGCACUACACCGACUACAGCAAACACGUGCGGCUCGGGGACGUGGUGGUGGCGGCGCCCACGCCCGGACAGAGGUUUAUUUACCUGCACUGCGAGAGGGCCAGUGAACUGGACGCCGGCGCGUACGAGUUCGAGACCAAGUCGUGGGGUCCGCCGCAGCUGGACCUGCAGAACAUUGCCGAGCUGCUGCGACAGCAGGGCGAGGAGCACCCGGACGCGGCGCCCUGGCUCAAGUACAUGUCGGACGGCCAGCAGCGGCUGCUGGAACAGGACGCCGCCUUCCAGCGGCCGCCCGACGACACCGACAAACUCUACAUGGCCAUCGGAGACAAGGACGUCAUCGAGGUGGCGCACCCGGCGCCGGCCGACUGUACCACCAACCUCAGGGAGCGGGGCCGGCCGAUGAUUCACCUGGGGCCGGUGGCCUCGGGUCGCCAGGUGGUGGGCCACGAACAGAUGCGCCAGGAGUUCUCCAGCCAGGUCGGCAUCCUGGCCUACGACGCCGAGUUCGAUUCGGUCGUGGAGAGCAUCUACGGCAACCGCAAGGACAACUACAUCUUCAUCCGCGGCAUAGCCGACUACAAGGACGGCACGCGGGGCCGCGAGUGGCAGCCGUACGCCUCCCUGGCCGCCGCCAGUUUCAUGAAGGCGGUCAUCUGUGCCAUGGACCCGCCGAAGGGCACGUGAGGGCGACCGGGCGCGCCCCACAACACCCCACCCCACCCCGGUCCGCUCGGGCCCCCACCCACCCAGCUGGGGACUCUGCAAUUACUGUUUGUGCGUUUUGUAUUGUAUUAUUUAAAACCUGUGUUCGUUGCGAUGCAAGCUUAUGCAUUUUGUAUUUGUGAGCUAACAUGUGGGAGUGCGCGUGUGCCAGUGAGACGCACAGAGCGAUCGCUUGAACGAGGAGUGACGCGUGCGUUCGUUCUCGGGUCGAGUGAGUGACGCGUGUGUCCGUUCUCGGCCGGCAGUCGUGAGUACCGAUACGGUGUACCGUUUACCGUGCGCGGCGCCAGUGGGACGCGCAGCUCAGAAUGCCCCGUUAUGCAGCUAGGUCUUCGCAGUGUGGUGUAGCAAAGAGAAACCUAUCGAAGUCGUGUGGAGUAAAUCAAAUGCUAUAUUGGCGAGUGGUUAUACCAUUUCGUGCACAGCAGUUCUCAGUGAAAUGGGAAUGCGUCCUUGUUAGAUAUUCAGAUCGUAUAUGAAUAUGAUAACAAACAGGUUUUCUUUCAGCGAUCGAAAGUUGAUAUUUUUGUUUAUAUCUCAUAUGAAAAAACUGUUGCACUACUUUCGACCUAGUCAUUCUCUCGUUUUAAAUACAGGACGCCAGGCGGCUAGCUCUUUGCUGUACGGGCUUUCUAUACCUACGGUGUCGACUUGGUAAAUCUGUCACCGUGUUCGUCUGUCAAAGUCUGUCGGCUCGCAGAGUCUUGUCACAGUCUGUCGGCUCGCUGGUUGUCUGUCACAGUCGGUCGGCUCGCAGAGUCUGUCAGUCUGUCAGCUCACGUUAUCUUCCACUGUCUGUCCGUCUGAUUCUUCUGUCAGCUCUGACGGUGUCGGACAGCGGAGCAGCGGUGUGUCCCGCCGCUCGUAUCCUACCCGCCGUGUCACUGCCAGUCCCCUGUCUGUCGUCCGUCCUCCCUCUCAGCCCCCAGUCACCCGAGGCGCAGACGUGCGCCGACAGUUCCAUAAUGCCGGGAUACUCAGCCCCGCCCCCCGCUGUUCCAUGCUGUAAGAUCGCCCUUCGCUCUUCCCUCACCACACACCAGGCUCAGCUAGAGGCCGUGAAAACGCUGAGCUGAUAACGUUUCAUCUGUGAAGACCGAAAUGCACCAAUGUCGUCCUUGCACGGACAUGCAUAACCUUCACUUCUUUCCGCUACGUCUGGCUCCCCGGGGCAGGUCUCAACGGCGGCUCAGUGUUCGGUCGUGGGUAUAGGACUGUGUGCCAUGUGCGGAACUGUUCUGUGUGUGGGGGACUGUGCGCUAUGUGUGGAGGGGAUACCAGCCGUGCGCUGCCGCCAAGUUCCGAGUGUGAUAACUAGUCAGUGAAGAAGCAGUUAACAUAGGUCUGGCUGCUUCAGGCUUACUCGAAACGCCACGCUCGCCGAUUUCAGAAAAGAAGCACAGUCUAUGCAACGUACAUACCUACUGUUAAUAGUGUUUUUGGUCUGCUGGAUUUAACUACACUUCACCAGUAUUUGUCAAUGAUGUGCAACACUAGUAGGACUUUUGCUGUUAUAUGGUUCUGCGUUACUUAUCCACGGCUAAAUUAUUUGCAAAAGGUAAUGCCACAAGUCAACUAGUUCAUCGUUUAGCCAAAAUGUUGACCAGUAUGCUGCUGCCACUCAGAUGAAAUACAUAUUUCACUGCUCA